AUGGCUGAUGAGUUUUCUGAAUCAGUUGCAGAUUUAUUAGAUAUUUUAAAUAAGCAAGAUUUAAAUAAGUUACAAUAAAUCUCAUAGAAGACAGAUCAAUAGUCCAAUUCAAACUUGUAAUAAGAUAAGGGAAGUAGCUAGGCUGAAUUAAACAAUAACUAAUUGAACAAUAUAACAACAUAUAAUAAUAUUUAUAAUUUCAACAAUAGCAAAAAAACAAUUUAGCAAUAAAGUACCAAUACCCUUCCUACUUUACCUGAUACAUAAUAAAUUAGUAGCACAGUAAAAAGCUAAAAUACAGUAGACACGCUUAUUUCAUAAAAAUCUAUUAAUAAAGAGAAUGUGAAAACCCCAAUUUAGGAUUAAGAUUAUGACAUUUUGAUAUAAUUCUGUUAAACUUAUGAUAAAAAAUAAAAAGAAGAAAAGAAAAAAGCUGUUGGUAACGGAGACGGUUUUGAAAUUAUACCUAAAAAUUCUAAUUGUGUUAGAUAUUUGCAUUUUAAGCCUUGGAGUGGAGUAAGCAAUCCAAAUCCUUCAGAUAAUGGGUAUUAUUAUAAAUUCUACAAUGGUGGAUUUGUAAAACUAAUUAAAGGAUUAUUAGAAGAAAAUGGAUUUAAAGAAACUUAAAAUAAAGAUUGGACUGUUAUGUGGAGUUGUUCUGGUAUACCGCCACCAUUCUAUUAGCAAUUGAUGGCUUAUCAAAAGAUUAAUCAUUUCCCUAAAUCCUACGAAAUUACUAGGAAAGACUUACUGAGUAGAAAUAUUUCUAAAAUGGCAGCAAAAUUUGGUAAUAACAAUUUUAAUUUUUGUCCUAAGACUUAUCUAAUACCCUCAGAGAUGUCUCUUUUUCUAGAAGAAGCUGAAAAAAAUAAAGGUCAGUGGUAUAUCGUAAAGCCAUCUGCGAAGUCUUAAGGUUAGGGUAUUUUUGUAACUGAUAACAUUUAAGAAAUUUUGAAAAAAUAAAAUGGUAGCAUGGUUGUCUGCCACUAUAUUUAAAAUCCUAUGUUAAUUAAUGAUCUCAAAUUUGAUCUACGUAUUUACGUAGUUGUAACAUCAAUCAAUCCUCUCAAAAUAUUUAUUUAUGAUGAUGGGUUGGCUAGAUUUGCAACAAGUGCAUAUAACACUGAUAAAAACACAAGACCAAGCAGAUAUGUGCAUCUUACUAACUAUAGUGUCAAUAAAUAUGCAUAAAAUUUUGUUCCUAAUAAGGAUGCCUAAGAUGAUGCUUAAGGUAGUAAAUGGAGUUUAACAGCUUUCAAGGAUUAUUUGAAAAUAAAUGGUAUUAAUUAUCAAUUAAUUUUCGAUAGAAUUGAGGAUCUUGCUGUAAAGACAAUACUUUCGAUAGAAAAUAUGAUGAAUAGUGCUUUUGAAAUGCACGUGCCUUACAGAAAUAAUUGCUUUGAGCUCUUCGGAUUUGAUAUAUUAAUUGAUUCUAACUUAAAACCUUGGCUACUUGAAGUCAAUUUAUCUCCUAGCAUGAAUACAGAUUCACCUUUAGAUUUAAAAAUUAAAGGAAACCUUAUCUCUGACAUAUUUACUUUAGUAGGUAUAGUUCCGAAUGACUAAAGAUAUCUUAGUGAUGUUUCUCACAGCUUGGCAUAGAAUUAGAUUCUUACUGAAAGAUAAAUAUAAACUCAAAUAUAAAACCUCAAUAACUGGAGUAAAUAUAAAUAAGAACUUUCUAAAAUAGAAAGAUAUGUAAUUAAAGAAGCUGAAGAUGAAAUAAAAAGGUGCAGAAGAUUCAAAAGAAUAUAUCCUAACGAGAAUUCAUUCAAAUAUAAAACUUAUUUCGAUGUAGAGAGACCACUUAACGUCUUGCUAAGAAACUAUGAAAUGGAUAAAUUUAAAUAAAACAAUAACAUUCAAGGGAAUAAUUAAAUAAGAACUAAUAGAACUAACAGUUUCACAGGCAUGUCUACAAACACCCUAAACACUACUACAACAGGAGUAAAAAUAACAAAAAAUGUAUAUACCAAUAUCUUAAGUACUAAUUAAAACUAUGCAUAAUAAAAAUAUUGA